GCGGGGUCUGCGGAGCGGGCUGCGCUGGCCGGCGGGGAGCAGGCUCCGUGGGACCGGGAGUCCCCGCAGCGCCUCGCCGUCCCGUUCCACGGAGAAGCGGGAGGCUGAAAGCAUACUAUUGCAUAAUAUUCAUGGAGAUCAGUAAAGAUAUUACAAACCGAGAAGAACUGUGGAAAAUGAAGCCUAAGGGAAAUUCAGAAGAUGACAAUUACACGGGCCCGGGAGAGACAAGCAUGCUGAAGAGACCCGUGCUCUUGCAUCCGCAGCACGCGGACCAUGCUGGAGCACUAGACUGCCCCUCCGAGCUUCAGCACACGCAGGAAUUCUUUCCCAACUGGCGCUUGCCAAUUAAAGUUGCUGCCGUCGUAUCGUCUCUGACCUUCCUGUACACUCUUCUGAGGGAAAUCAUUUAUCCGUUGGUAACUAUCCGUGAGCAGUAUUUUUACAAAAUCCCAAUCCUGGUCAUUAACAAAGUCUUGCCCGUGGUCUCCAUCACCCUCUUGGCACUGGUUUAUUUGCCAGGAGAGAUAGCAGCGGUUGUACAGCUUCGCAACGGAACCAAGUACAAGAAAUUCCCACCGUGGUUAGAUCGGUGGAUGCUGGCAAGGAAACAGUUCGGGCUCCUCGGCUUCUUUUUUGCUGUGCUGCACGCGGUUUACAGUCUCUCUUACCCGAUGAGGCGGUCCUACCGGUACAAACUGCUCAACUGGGCAUACAAACAGGUUCAACAAAACAAAGAGGAUGCCUGGAUUGAGCAUGAUGUUUGGAGAAUGGAGAUUUAUGUGUCUCUGGGGAUUAUUGGACUGGCUCUCCUGGCUCUCUUGGCUGUGACAUCAAUUCCAUCUGUGAGCGACUCUUUAACAUGGAGAGAAUUUCACUAUAUUCAGAGCAAACUAGGAAUUGUCUCUCUUCUUUUGGGCACAGUGCACGCUUUGAUUUUUGCCUGGAAUAAAUGGGUAGAUGUCAAUCAAUUUGUAUGGUACACGCCUCCGACUUUUAUGAUAGCCGUUAUCCUUCCAAUUGUGGUCCUGACAUGCAAAAUGAUACUGUUCCUGCCCUGCUUAAGGAAGAAGAUUCUGAAAAUUAGAAGUGGUUGGGAAGAUGUCAGCAAGAUAAACAGGACUGAGAUGGCCUCGAGGUUGUAGAAUUACUGUUUGCAUGUAUUUGCUUAACAUUGAUAAGUUUUAUCAUAAACAUUUCGGAUUUGUGUUUGCUAAUAAAAUGACUACUUUGGGAUCAUUGUC